CGGAAGGAAAGGCUCAGGUCCGGGCAUCUAGAGCGACUGCUCUGCUCCGCGUCUCGUUGGUUCCGGAGGUCGCUGUGGCAGUGGGAAAUGCUGGCGCGCUCGGUGCGGGCGUCUGGGGCCCUUUUGCUGAGGGGCUCCGUGCAGGCUUCUGGCCGCGCUGCGCGCCGCGCCUCCUCUGGAUUGCCCCGAAACACCGUGGUGCUGUUUGUGCCGCAGCAGGAGGCUUGGGUGGUGGAGCGAAUGGGCCGAUUCCACCGCAUCUUGGAGCCUGUGAGAACCUCUUCUGCCCACCCCGGGCCAGCCUGAAUCCCAGUUCCCUCACGACAUGGGGGAAUGGGGGCUUGAAUAUCCUCAUCCCUGUGUUAGACCGGAUCCGAUAUGUGCAGAGUCUCAAGGAAAUUGUCAUCAACGUGCCUGAGCAGUCUGCCGUGACUCUUGACAAUGUAACUCUGCAAAUCGAUGGAGUCCUUUACCUGCGCAUCAUGGACCCUUACAAGGCAAGCUAUGGUGUGGAGGACCCUGAGUAUGCUGUCACCCAGCUAGCUCAGACAACCAUGAGAUCAGAGCUCGGCAAACUCUCUCUGGACAAAGUCUUCCGGGAGCGAGAGUCCCUGAAUGCUAACAUCGUGGAUGCUAUCAACCAGGCUGCUGACUGCUGGGGCAUCCGCUGCCUCCGUUAUGAGAUCAAGGAUAUCCAUGUGCCACCCCGGGUGAAAGAGUCCAUGCAGAUGCAGGUGGAGGCAGAGCGGCGGAAACGGGCCACAGUUCUAGAGUCUGAGGGGACUCGAGAGUCGGCCAUCAACGUGGCAGAGGGGAAGAAGCAGGCACAGAUCCUGGCCUCUGAGGCAGAAAAGGCUGAACAAAUAAAUCAGGCAGCAGGAGAGGCCAGUGCAGUUCUGGCCAAGGCCAAGGCUAAAGCUGAAGCUAUUCGCAUCCUGGCUGCAGCUCUGACACAACAUAAUGGAGAUGCAGCAGCCUCCCUGACUGUGGCUGAGCAGUACAUCAGCGCAUUCUCUAAACUGGCCAAGGACUCCAACACUAUCCUGCUGCCCUCCAACCCUGGCGACGUCACCAGUAUGGUGGCUCAGGCCAUGGGUGUGUAUGGGGCCCUCACCAAAGCCCCGGUGCCAGGAGCCCAGGACUCAGUCUCCAGCAGGAGCAGCAGAGAUGUCCAGAGCACAGAUGCAAGUCUUGAUGAGGAACUUGAUCGAGUCAAGCUGAGUUAAUGGAGCUGGGCUUGGUCAGGGAGGCUGGGGACAGGGAAGCAGCGCUCCCAGAUUCUGGCUCUAGCCUCCCUGCCAAGAUUUUGGUUAUUAUUUUUUUAUUUGAACUUUAAUCAUGUAAUAAACUCACCAGUGGCAAACCAAAA